AUGUCGUCCCUGGAAAAGGAUAGCAGUGGCCAGUCCCGGUUUCCUGGUUGCUCUAACAUUCGAGAUUUUGAAUUCAUCGGCAAGCUUGGAGAAGGAACUUUUGGUGAGGUGUAUAAAGCAAGGUCCAAGAAAGACAACACGGUUCUGGCCUUGAAGAAGAUUCUUAUGCACCAUGAGAAAGAAGGCUUCCCAAUCACUGCAAUUCGAGAGAUCAAGAUUCUCAAAGUGCUUUCUCAUCCCAAUGUCUUGCAGCUCAAAGAGAUGGCCGUGGAACGGAGUAAGGGCGAAGGACGAAAGAAGCCCAGCAUGUACAUGGUCACCCCAUAUAUGGAGCACGAUCUUUCCGGGCUCCUGGAGAACCCAUCGGUCCAGUUCACUGAACCUCAGAUCAAAUGUUAUUUGAUGCAGCUUCUUGAAGGUCUUCGUUACCUGCAUGCGCAGAGUCGUAUCUUGCACCGUGAUAUGAAGGCUGCCAAUCUACUUAUCAGUAAUGCCGGAAUCCUCCAGAUUGCUGACUUUGGGCUUGCACGACCAUUCGAUGAACCUCCCCCGCAACCUGGAAAGGGCGGAGGAGAAGCAAAACGAGAAUACACAGCCCUGGUCGUAACCCGAUGGUAUCGCCCACCUGAGUUACUGCUCUCGCUGCGGAAGUACACGACCGCGGUUGACAUGUGGGGUGUUGGGUGUGUUUUUGGUGAGAUGUUCAAAGGAAAGCCUAUUCUUUCAGGCAGCAGCGAUUUGAACCAAGCACAACUUAUCUUUAAUCUUGUCGGAACUCCCAAUGACGAGAACAUGCCCGGAUGGAGUUCUUUGCCUGGAUGUGAGGGAGUCAAGAAUUUUGGUUUCAAGUCUGGAAACCUUGUCGAUGUGUUUAAAGAUCAAAACCCCGCUGCUAUCUCACUACUCACUGAGCUUCUGAAGCUUGAUUGGCGGAAACGUAUCAAUGCAAUCGAUGCAUUGAAACAUCCUUAUUUCACCACCGCACCACUUCCCGCACGGCCCGGGGAAAUUCCUUACUUCCAGGAUUCUCAUGAAUUGGAUCGAAAGAAGUUCCGUGGCCAGCGAGCACCCGUUCCUCCAGCUCCAGGAGGUAAUCCCGGUGAUGCUUCUUCCAACGGAGCCUGGUCCGGGCCGGGCCCUCGACCGGACUCUCGAAGUAGAAUCCCAGGGGGUGCUCGAGGGGGUCGGGCCAACGGACCAACUGUCACGUCCGGAAAUUCUCAUCGACGUGGCCCAUUUCCUCACUCACAGCGAGACAGCGGGCUUCCGCCACGGCCCCCGGUGUCUUCUCACCAACAAUGGGAUGGUGCGCAAGCUGGAUGGUCAGACGACUCACGACGGGAUCGAUUCCCCCAAGGGCGUCCAGGGGGUAGGUUCUCCAGUAGCAUUGAUUCGUAUGUUCCAAAUUAUGGACAUGCUUCCGAUAAUCCACCAACAAACGCAGAUUGGCGUGGAGGGAACCGGCGAGACUAUCGU